UAUAAAUUAAUUUGUGCAUUCAGCCCAGCCAGAGCCAACAUGAAGGCAGCCACAGUCUUGGUUCUGGUGACUUUGAUCACCAUGGAGAUGGACAAGGCCUAUGCUCUGUCUUCUCACGGAGAAUUACAAAAACCUGGAGCUUGUCCCCAUUGGCCCCCAAAUACUGUUGGACCUUGUAAGAAGAGAUGCUCAGGAGAUGAAUCAUGCCCUCGUAAAAUGAAGUGCUGUAGCAAUGGGUGUGGUUAUGUCUGCUUGAGGCCUGUCUUCAAAACUGGCAGCCCUGGAAAUAAGGAUUUCGAUAUUUAGAAGCAUGACUGACGACCAGUCCCAGAGGAUUUCUUCUGAGUCCACGGAGCCCAAGCUUGCCGACUCCCUAGCUCUAGAACUGCAUCCUUAGAAGAUGAAGAUCUGAGAUGUGGUGACUGCUUCCUAGUGUCUGUGUCCAAAAUAAACGAUCCUUAGCAUUC